CAAUCACAGCUUGACAAUGAAGUGGUCAGUGUACAUAGCUCUUCUAGUCUUCGCCUUUUUAAAAAGCCCAGUUUUCUCCGAAGAAAACUGCAACAUUCCUGAAUCGGAGCUGUCCAAAAUCGACGAUGUUCUCAGACACAUGGAGAAGCCGAUUUACUCGGAGGAUCACUACACCAGCAACAAUGAAGAAUGCACCAAUCUGUUGAACGGGAUCCACGCCCAGCUGCGUCGGUUAACCCAGCGGUAUAAGCUGAUGAAUAAGGGCUACGUCAAAGUUGAGGAGUAUAAACGGAUGGCGGAAGACUACGAGAAUCAACUUAAAACCUUGAAUGCGGAGCUGUUGGAACUGCAGGAGCACACAAGUGACAAGGCAAACGCAGCCAUCGUCAAGCUCAAAGAGGACAUCAAAAAGUUGGACGAAGACGUUGGAAACCUGCACAAUAAGCUCAAAGGUAUCAAACAGGAUUUCGAAAAGGUCAAACGGGACUUGUGUCUGACCUACCUGAACUCGAACCAGAUGAGCAAUGCUAAAGCCAAGGUGAAAGAGAUGGCGUCGACCUAUCUGAUUGAAAUAAUUCAGCAGCGACUGAACACGAAAUAUGCUAAUAUUAUCCCGAUGCUGGAUUUCAGUACGGCCAUCCCGGACUUGGACGACCGCGGUGAGGCUUACAAGGAGAUUUACAAGUUUAUCGAGACGCAGGGGAGACUGGAAGGGGAAGAUGCCGUUCUACUGGAGGCAAGCCUUUUGAAAAUGAAUGCCACGCUGAAAGAAGGAUCUAACAUCACGGAUGAAAGACGAAUGGAAAUCGAGGAGAUGCUGAAGAAAUUGGCGGAGAAGUCUGCAGUUGUAUUCAAAACAUGGUCCACGGAACUGAAAGGAAUAGAAGACACUAUAAUCAAAUAUGCACUUGACCAUCUAUUUGUGAGUCAGAUGAAGAUUUUUGGUGGAAUUGUUGGCGAUACAUUUGAAUUUGCCCCAAUUCGGCAUUUGCUGAAACUGUUAGUAGUUUGCAACAAUUAUUACAAAGUGGCGGCGUACAAGGAGCUGAUCGAUCGGAAGAUCGGUAAUGUACUGGGAACGAUCAUGUUUGAUCUGACCACGUUGGAGGCCAACGAAAUGAGCUUUGAUCUUCACGUUCCCGAUGAAAUUCCAAAGCUGUUCAAUGCCACUCUCGAAUCACUUCCGAACAGCCUCACUCAACUUCUACCGUGUCUUAACAAAGUACAUAUUUUCAACGCCAAAACCAACACGUGUAUAGUAGCACCGGAGGACCAUUUCGACGUUCAACAGGAAAAGCUCACCGAGUUUCAUCGAGUCGUACUGGCAAAGUAUGGUUGCACUACAUUCCGCUUGGAAUCUUCCCCCAACAAAGCAUCGGUCAAAUUCGUGAAACCAUCAGGAAACGCCUUGUCCAACAUUAACCUACAACUUGAGAACGACCAGUGGCACAGCCAUGUUGGCACUCCGACAGCGAACAAACCGGACAGGAAACCAUCCAGCAGUGACGAGUGGAUACUGGAUGCAAACUAUGUCAACGAUACCGUGAAGAUCCAGACGGAAUUCAACGAGUAUAAGGCGACGCAAGCCGAGGUGGAUCAUUUGCUCGUGAUGGACGUCAAAUAUCUGCCACAUGUGGUGGCAGGGCGAUACGGUGUACGAGGGCUGAAACGUUCUUCGGCGAAGGAUACUAUCGAAUGGUACUUGAAGUGUGCAUCGUAAAAACGGUGAUGAUUUGUAGAUUUUGACCCGUAGGGGAAUAGUUGUGCUAAGAAAUGCAUUAUACAUACCUUUCUUCCUUUGCACCCUCCGCCCUUUUGCUGGUAACCGAAAAUACGUGUUUUUUUUUGGUAUUUUUAUAAAUUCCACAUAUUUUUGCUGAAAUUCCAUUGUUUUGCCAAUCAUCAAUAGUUUUGACUUAUCCUUAACAUGCAAUGUACAGGGGGUGGCCAAAAUGUUUGGGAUAGGCAACUUUUGUUUCUCUCAUAAAAAAAAAACAACAUGCUAUAACUUUUCAUAGAGUGCAUCAAAAAAUCUCAAAUUUUGUCUGUUUCUCAACCUUUUAUAUGUGCAUCAUUGGUACAAAUUUGGGCUCGAUUGAUUAAUAUUUCGCAAAGUUAAAACCGUUCCGGUAAAACCAUAUUUUUAGACAACUAAUUUUUGAGUUGUCAUAUCUCGGAAACCAGUGAACCGAAUUGAAUGAAAUUUUGAACGUGCGUUAACAAUAUAUAAGUGCUUCACAAAUUAUUAUAACAACGGUACUUUUGGAACGCUGAAAAAAGUUAUCAUAGAUUGACACUUUUUGGAUUUUUCGCAAAAAAAUGUAAAUUUUUCACAUUCGUGUCAAUAAAUUGUAGUGUUGAUAUACACUACCCGUCAUAAGUACGGACUCACAAAAAGUAUUGCAACAAUAUUGCAUCACCCUGUCUCACCUCGAUAUCUCUAAAACCAGAUCACCUACAAAAAUGCCGUCUUCAGAAAAGUUGUUGCUUUUAGGCUCCUGAAUAACUUUGCUGAAGAGAGCAUCUUUGUAAGUCCUCAGGUUUUGGAGAUACCGAGGUGAGUCAGGGUGAUGCAAUAUUGUUGCAAUACUUUUUGUGAGUCCGUACUUAUGACGGGUAGUGUACAAAGAUUUUCCACUUCUGUUCUUAAGAUAUCUCUAAUCAGAUAUAUUAGAGCCUUUCUAGAUUAAAGGAAGAACACAUUUAGUAAUUUUUGUGUGGUAUUGUGAAUUUGAAUUAUUUUCCUCUAUAUGGGUAAAAAUUUCAAACCGGUAUAACUUAAUUCGUCGUGAGAAAAUAUUACAUUUUAUAUCGUCGUAUUAAGCAUCAAUAUAUUGUUGAUAAACGUUAAACAUUUCAUUCAAUUCGACUGGUUUCCAAGAUAUGACAGUUCAAAAAUUGGUUGUCUAAAUAAUAGUGUUUUACUCGAACGGUUCUAACUUCACGAAAAAUUAAUCAAUCGAGCCCAAAUUUGUACCAAUGCACAGUGUUCGAAAUCGAUGAUUUUGCGAUCAAAAUUAAAUAACUUUUUUUAGGUUGGUUCUAGAGAAUUGGCGUGUUCUACAAAGUUUUUCUGCAUGCUAAAAGGCGUCUUUUGAUAAAAUGUAAUAAAUGAUUAAUCCCCCUAGAAGUGAGAUAAAAAAUUUAUUUUUUCGAAAUAUUUUUUUAGAGGUUUGACGUCUUCGGCAAAGUUGUAGCCCAUGAUAAGAGAACAAAAAUCGUAGAACAUGUCAAAGCUCCAUCUCUUACGGUUUUCGAGAUAUGGAGCGUUUUGUGCGAAGUACCCCUAAAACUAUUUUUUCAGUGUAGCUUCAACAGAUAAAAUCCUACAGUUUUGUGACCUUCUACAAACUUGUUCAGGACGUCAAAAUACACAUUUCUUCCAAAGAUAUCAAGUCAUUAUAUCUUAAAACAAAAAAGUUAUGGGCAAAUUUGUCAUAUUUUAAGGUGUACUUUCACCUUAAGUAACUAUUUCCGGCGCAAAAUGGCGCAGAUGGCUCAAUCGGUAGUUGAAAGAUUAGACUUUUUACUAUCACUUGGGGGUGGAAAACCUCGUGGACAAUAGUGGGAAAGGUGGUUUAAAUACAUGACAAAAACUAAUUAUUUUGCCUGUAAUACAAGAAAAAUAAAUUUAAAAAAAUAAUUAAGAAGCCCACAGUAAUUUUUACUGCACUGUGUUUCUUCCGGCAAUAUUUUACAACGUUUUUACAA